CCAAAACGCUGGACACAGCAGCAGCGGACACUGUGGACCAGGACAGACAGCACUGCAACAUAACUAUUAAGACUUACUGUCCACACACCAGUGAGGAUAUGGGGGAAAAAGCGGGGACAAGAGUCUUCAAAAAGUCCAGCCCCAACUCCAAGCUCACAGUUUAUCUGGGGAAGCGAGACUUUGUUGAUCACUUAGACCAUGUAGAUUCAGUAGACGGAGUGCUCCUUGUAGACCCAGAGUAUCUGAAAGAUCGAAAAGUGUUUGUUACUCUGACCUGUGCGUUUCGUUAUGGCCGGGAGGACCUGGAUGUCCUGGGCCUUUCCUUCCGGAAGGAUCUGUACGUGAGCACCAUCCAGGCCUUCCCUCCUCUUGAGGAGAAGAAGAUGCCUCUGAGCCGGCUGCAGGAGCGGCUGCUGAAGAAGCUGGGUCAGCACGCCUACCCCUUCCACUUCACUAUCCCUCAGAAGCUGCCCUGCUCGGUAAACCUCCAGCCGGGCGCAGAGGACACUGGGAAGGCGUGUGGUGUGGACUAUGAGCUUCAAGCAUUCUGUGCUAAGACUGCGGAGGAGAAGAUCCACCAAAGGAACUCUGUGACACUAGUGAUCCGGAAGGUUCAGUACGCUCCGGAGAAGCCAGGUCCUCAGCCCAUGGUGGAGACCAGUCGCAGCUUCCUGAUGUCCGACAGAUCUCUACACCUGGAGGCUUCACUGGAUAAGGAGCUGUACUACCACGGUGAGCCCAUCAGUGUCAAUGUCCACGUCAGCAACAACUCCACCAAGAGUGUGAAGAGGGUGAAGAUUUCUGUUCGUCAGUAUGCUGAUAUCUGUCUGUUCACGGCUCAGUAUAAGUGUGCAGUCGCCCAGAUUGAAGCAGAUCACCAGGUUUCUCCCAGCUCCACCUCCUGCCAGGUCUACACUCUGACCCCCACGCUGGGCACCAACAGGGAAAAGAGGGGCCUGGCCCUGGAUGGAAAGCUAAAGCACGAAGACACCAACUUGGCCUCCAGCACCAUAGUAAAAGAGGGCACCAACAAGGAGAUGAUGGGGAUCCUGGUUUCCUACAGAGUCAAAGUCAAACUGGUGGUGGCUCUUGGAGGGGAUGUAGCAGUGGAACUUCCUUUUGUCCUGAUGCAUCCUAAACCUUCAGACCAGAGCAGCUCUCAGCCACAGCCGGAGGCUCCAGAGGCUCAGGCGGUUGUUACUAACCUCAUAGAGUUAGAGACAAAUACUUCCUCUCAGGUCGAUGACUUAGUGUUUGAAGACUUUGCUCGCCUUGGGCUGACGGGGGUGAAGGAAGACAAGGAAGAUGGCAACCUCUUCUGGUAGCUGCUCCUCUUCCUCCUCCUCCAGCAGGGUUUCCUGUUUGAGUGGAAGGUACACCUCAAAAAAAGAUAGGUAGAGAACCCACAAAGAAGAGUUGCCAGCUUACUAAGUCUUACCACAUGUUUUAAUUGAACCAUUUAUUCUGUCUGGACGACUGCUUAUGUUGUUAAAGGAGCAGUUCACAGUUUUACUCAGAGUCACACUGGUUUUAUGAGGAGGAGGAGGUUAAUGUUAAUGUAGCAGGAGUUUAAAAAGUGAAGCUACGGUAUCAUCCUGCUGUGUAUUAUUAUGUGAUUCAGGGUUUAUAAUUCCAGCCAGGAUAAUACAGGUAUUUUAAUAUAGAUGAUAACUCAGCUGUUGUGUUAUUGAUUUAUCCGUAAUCCUGAAAUUAAUCUAAUUCAUUUUUAUAUUUGGAGCAGAACAAGCUAGAAAGUGGAGUUACAUGAAUACAAAUGAUUUUAUUUUUAUAGGAUUUUUUUGUAGAUUUUUAUUUUAAACCUUAAAUUGCCUGACAGGUAUCAUGCAUACUGAUUUUCAACGAAACAGCAAGGGGACUGUUUGAAUCUAGCUCUGGCCCUCCACUGUGAGAUCAGCUCUUGUUUAGGGACUGUACUUUAUUUAUCAGAGUAAGUGAGUGGUUCAGGUAUGACUUUUUUUUUUUUUUUUAAUCUUGAACCUCUCCAGAGCUGCAAAAAAAGGUAUAUCACUGAGACAGCUAAAUGAGAUUUUUAUUUUUAUUUUGUUAAACAAAAUGCCUUUGAAACCCACUUACGGUUUUUUGGAUUCAGGGAGUAUUUAAAAUAAAUACAAAAUAAAACCAAUGAAGUUGAAUAUUCCUCCCCUAAGACAAACCAAAAAACAGAACUUCCUUCCCAGUGCUUAAAAUGUUUUUUUUAAAGUGCCUCCCCCAUUUUGCACCAACCCCACCCUUCUCAUAAAUAACAAAC